AUAGACAACGGAAGUACUGAAAAACGAAUCGGUGUAAAUGGCCGCUCAGUAACCAACCGAAGAACAGGAGACCGAGAGAGAAUGGAGAAGCGGAAGACGAGAUGCAGCAAGAGAAAGAGGGAGUUGGGGUAUUAUACAGAUACAUGCCUCCUUCAAGGGGGCGACUAUAACCUCGCCAUCGUCUUUGGCGUGUUGCUGGCAGCCCUUUGUAACUUGCAGAAACAAUCUCUUUUCCUAAUUCAGAAAUGCCUCAAUCGGCUGCAUCUCUCUCUGCUCUCCAAUGCGGAUCCCCCACAAUCGAUCUCGAUUCCUAUUCUGUCUUUGCUCCCUAUCCUUCUCAAAUCCAGAUGGUCUGAACUUGUGACGUGCACUGCCAAGAUUAUUGGGGCGGCCUCGCUUUUAUCAUUUGAGAUGAAUGAACAGAUUGCUUCCGAUGGUGAAAUUAUAAGGGGCUUAGUUUCAGCUUUAGCAAGCUCGAACAGAAGGAUUUUGAGGGCUGCGUGUAGUGCUGUUCUUGAUUUGUCCGCAACAUCGAUUGGACGGCAAGCAUUGCUGGAAUUUUCAGCUGUCGAGAAUCUUAUGUUUGGUUACCUUCAGGUUCCUAAAUCUUCAAACACAUUGGUUUUCCUACAUGCUAUGGGCAAGGGGAGUGAUACCUGUCCUGGAAUAGGGUUCAAGGAUGAUGAACUUCCAUUAUUACUUCUUGAUGCAGGAAUCACUCUCAUUAAUACCUGCAGUAUUAUGCAGCUGGAAAAGAUCCCGAGGAAACUGUCUGAGGCUUUUUUAGUUUAUUUGAAGGAUCUUUGGGAAAAGGUGCAUAAGCAAGUGUUGCGUAGGAAGAUUUUGAAGUACAAGAAAGGAACAUAUUUUUAUUUAAGCACUAUCAGAACAAAUGAUCUGGCAGAAAGCAUAUUUAGGCUUUCCAUUAAUGAGGGUCAAUUUACUACACAUUUCCUUUGUGAACAAGUUAAAAGAAGCAUAUUUGGUUCAAGUGAGCCUAGUUUUGAAAAUUUCAUGUUAAACCAUUGGGAGGUAUCACCCUAUCUAAGAAGGGGAUUUUCAAAGGCUAAUGAUCAUGAUGAUAUUUUCAGUUCAGUUUUACAAUCCCUGAACUUGGGGGGAAGUUUCUCUUCUUCAGUUUCUUCUAUCCUUCGGAGCCUGGUUUCUUGUCCGCCUAUCGCUUCAGAUGAAUUAGACAUCUGUGGUUUCCUGAAGGAGGUGAGACAUAAAUUGGGUUGUCCAAUAACUUACCAGCAGGACAUAAGGGUUCUUAAAACUGAGAGGCACUUGAAAAGAGAGGUUCAUUUCUUUCCAGAGAGUUCAAGCUGUGGCUGCAUCAAGGCUCAUGUUUUCCACACAGAUGAUAUUUUAAAAUGCGAAGGUGCAUACAAUGAAGGCUACACAAUUGCUCUCCGUGGCAUGGAAUUCCGCUUUAAGAGUAUUGCCACAGCUGCAGAUGGCUUAGCAUCCCUGUUUGGUCAACCAUCAGUAGGCGCCAAUUUGUACAUGACACCUCCUAAUUCCCAGGGUUUGGCUUGUCACUAUGAUGACCAUUGUGUGUUUGUAUGCCAACUUCUUGGAACUAAGAAAUGGAGAAUUUUUUCUCAGCCAGCUGUCCAGUUACCUCGCUUGUAUGAACCUCUUGAUAACCUACAUGGUUUAGAGGUUGAAUGUUCAACAGCUGGGUCCAGAGAGUUUUUGCUUAGGGAAGGUGAUGUUUUGUAUAUUCCUAGAGGAUUUCCCCACGAGGCUUGUACAGUUGCAGAUAAGAUUGGCAUCAAUGGGGCUUGUGGUUUUUCCUUACACCUGACGCUCAGUAUUGAGAUUGAGCCCCCAUUUGAGUGGGAGGGAUUUUUUCAUGUUGCGCUACAUUGUUGGAAUGUGGGCCAGAAAUAUGCAUCUGUUGAUUUGUUAUCUGGAGUUCUCAAUGUUAUGUCCGUCAAUCUGUUGCAUGUUGUGAUCAGGUUAAUUGGUGAUUCUGAUCCAACCUUUCGGAAAGCUUGUUUGGUUGCUGGAAUUUCCUUGCAAUCAGAUGACUUUGGCUGGCUUGAACAGAGCCAGAAAACCAUUUUCAGUCAGUUGAUUGAUAGCAUUAAUGCCAAGUCAACAUUUUCAGAGGCACUAAGAACUGUAGAACAGGCCAUUCAGAAAGAUGAAGAUAUCUUUCAACAGAUAAGAUGGCUUGAGCUUUUCAAUCAGGAUGGAGAAAUAAUUGAUGGAUGUGGUUGGAAUUUUCAAUUCAUGAGUGCUGAAAACUUACUCUCUUUAUUUGAUCUAUACAAAGACAAGACUGAAGCUGUAUUUGUGGAAGUCAAGUCUAACUUUUGUAGAGAGGUGAUGUUUGAGAAUACAAGGGAGCACUAUAGGAUGCUGCUUGGUAAGUACAGGAAGGCCAGAAUGCAAUAUAUGAGUGGGAUGCUCUCACUGCACUGUACUUGACCUUUUCUCCCCGAGAUAGUGAAACACUCCGUAAUAGAAAAUAAUUGUGAAUCCUUUUCCUUUUUCUUUUUGUAUUUUAAAUUAUUUUUUGGUAGAUUGGCAUCCCCAUGGUCUAGAAGGAAUACAGUUGUAUAUCGCAAGCUGAGAUGUAGUGUUAUUAGCCAGAAAAUGCAGCAGGCAUCAAUGAACAUCCAGUAGUUGUAGUAUAUGUUGUAAAAAUUUCUCUGAGAUCUUUCCAUUAUCGAAUUUGUAGCCGUUGCAUUUCUCACCC